GAGUGUGAGGGAGCGAGAGUGAAGAUGGUGGUGAAGGUGUACGGGCCUGACUAUGCGUCGCCGAAGCGGGCGCUGGUGUGCCUGAUCGAGAAGGGCGUCGAGUUCGAGACCGUCGGCGUCGACCUCUUCAAAGGCGAGCACAAAGCCCCCGAGUACCUCAAGCUCCAGCCCUUCGGAUCGCUUCCUGUGGUUCAAGAUGGCGACUACACUCUGUUCGACGCAGAAGGAGAGUCGAUCCUGAAAGAUAUUUGGAAAUCAACUGGUCCGUCGACAAGAGAGAAGAAGAGAGAAAAAAUGGUGGUGAAGGUGUACGGGCCUGAUUAUGCAAAUCCGAAGCGAGUGCUGGUGUGCCUGAUCGAGAAGGGCGUCGAGUUCGAGACCGUUCCCAUCGAUAUCUUCAAGGACGAGAACAGAUCCCCUGAAUUCCUCAAGCUCCAGCCCUUCGGAUCGGUUCCUGUGAUUCAAGAUGGAGACUAUACUUUGUUUGAAUCGCGGGCCAUCGCAAGGUAUUAUGCCCAGAAAUACAAGCACCAAGGGACCGACCUGCUGGGAAAGACGAUAGAGGAGACGGGGCUCGUCGAGCAGUGGCUCGAAGUCGAGGCCCAGUGCUACAGCCCGCCCAUCACUGACCUCAUCUACAAAAUUGUUUUUGACCCGAUUAGGGGACUUACCCCGGAUCCGAAGCUGAUCAAAGAGAGCGAGGACAAGCUCUGUAAGGUGCUAGACAUCUACGAGGAGAGGCUGUCGAAGAGCAAGUACCUGGCGGGGGAUUUGUUCAGCCUCGCCGACCUGAGCCACCUCUCGUUAACGCAGUACCAUGGGAAAAAUGGGGAAGGAGUACCUGAUAAGGGACCGGAAGCAUGUGAGUGCGUGGUGGGAGACAUCUCGAGCAGGCCUUCUUGGAAGAAGGUCGUCGAGCUCUGGCCCGGUCUGUAUUAGGACCGUCUUUAUUAGGUCCGUCGGAUGCACCCGAGUCCUUGGUCUGUGAGAAGGAGUAGUCGCUUUCCGUGAACCAUCGAGUCUCCCCGUGCCUAAUUAGUACGUUACUCGAUCUCAAUCGACGGAUUCAGGGGAUCUAAUAAGCUUUGUCGAGUCUAGUUUGUGAAAGAUAUUGUGUCAAGUGGGAUCACUCCAGUGAAAUUAUCCUCUAUAAGGCCUUUUUUGAUGUUGUA